AUGGCUGAAAAGUGGAACUACAGAACUCUCAUUAAAAAUUAUCUUUUCUCUUUUCCAGAGAGAUCGGUGCUUGCCCAGCCAACAUUUGUCUUUGAGAAGAAGGACCAUCCUUUGAAGCGACCUGCAGAAGACCCAGUUUGCAAAGCUGAAAAUGAUCUUAUCAGUUGCUCCAGAAAACGGGCGAGAUCAUCAUCUUUUACUUUUCAGAAGUCUGACUCACAGUCCAAAACAGAUACAACACUCUCUCAGAAAAGAGGAAGAUCGUCUUCCUUUACCAUCCUGCCUACCUUUCCCCCCUCCCAGACAGUAAAGAAGAAUAACAUAUUCAUGACCUCAGCUCUUCUUCGAAGAAACACUGACAUCAAAAGUACAAAAGAAGGAUGCUUGUCACCAAGUCAAUUGCGGAAUGUCAUUAGACCUGCGAUUUUGCAGCCACCACAAGCCCCCUUAUGUCCUGAAAAUGCCAUGGCAUCUCUAGUGACUAUGAAAGGAGCACAUAUUCAGUUAUAUAUUCUUUACAAAGUUCUACAUCACAUGCUUUUCUUAUUUUGUUCCCAUAGAAGUCAGCAAGAUGAAGACAAAAGCAUAGUAAACAACAGCAAUUCUGAUUUUGUGUUUGGAGAAAACAUGAUGGAGAGAGUUUUGAGUCCUGAAAAACAUCCUGAGAAGUAUAAAGGAGCUGAUUCAUGCAAAGAAGUAACAUCCAUGUACACAGAAUAUUUUCGUGCUCAUCCACAAACAAAAACAGCUUUCAUAAAAAAUGCAACACUAACUGAAUCAGCAGCUGCUUGUAUUUCCAAGCCAGUGGAGAAAAUUCUGUUAGAUAAAGUUGAAAUUAUAACUGGAGAAGAAGCAGAACACAAGGUAUUACAGAUCAACUGCAAGCUCUUUGUAUUUAACAAGUUUUCUUUAACCUGGAUUGAAAGAGGCAGAGGAUCUCUGAGGCUUAAUGACACUUCUAGCGAUAAACAUGGAAUGUUGCAAUCAAGGCUAAUUAUGCGAAAUCAAGGCAAUUUGAGACUGAUUCUCAACACCAGACUCUGGGAUCAAAUGGUGAUAAAAAGAGCAAAUAGGAAGAGUCUGUGCUUCACUGCAACAGACCAAGAAGAUCACUCUAUUCAAGUAUUUCUAAUACAGGCAAGCUCAAAAGAUGCUGGAUACCUGUAUGCAGCAAUACAUCACCGCCUUGUGGCACUGCGAACCUGCAGUGAGCAAGAAUCAGAAGCUAAUCAGAUAGACACAGAAUCAGAAAUAACUUUUCAUCCAUUAAACUGUGAUAGUGAUGAUGAAGAAGAUGAAAAUAUAACUCAAGCAAGUAGCAGUGGAUCUGAUCAUUCUAGAUGGAAUCGCAGGCAGCCCGUGGUCUGCUCCUGACAGCCGCAGAGGUUACAGCAGUGCAACAGGGAACUCAUCAUCUGCCUGAAAUCUCUAAGCCGACUCAUCAGUCACUGGAGGGAGGAAAUCAGAUGCAGUUUACUUUAUGACUUUCCAGCAAAGGUUUAUUUUAGGGAUGGCUUAAGUUUAAUACAUUGGGAAAAAAAAAACUGAGAUGCACUUUGAGGAUUGGGGUCAACAUGCUGCGCACUGACAUGAGAGUGACAGGAUGGUUUCCAAGAUCAGCAAGUGUUGCAAAGCUUUCAAGUUAGAGUUAAAUAUAUUUAUAGGCAUGAUUAAAGUAAGGAAUUUAAUACAGAACCAAUGGUCAUUCAUCAUAUUGAUGGAUAAAAUCACAUAACCAUGAAUAAUAAUAUACAUGAAGAUAUAUUUGUU